UUAAGAGACCCAUCAGGAAAGCUCACUUUCCUAUUCCACUCAUCGUCUCAUUCAUGGACAAGAACGCAAUACCCUUUCUUGAAACAUCACAAAUCUCAUCAUUACUCCCAUCUCAUCAACCCCAUAAUGCUUCAGUUGGAAACCCUAAUCCACCAAAAAAAGAGCAUAAGACAACCAUGAAGAAGCAUCCUAAGACAAGGUUCCUUGGUGUGAGACAAAGGCCCUCGGGGAGAUGGGUGGCUGAGAUCAAGGACUCCUCACUCAAGCUCCGCCUGUGGCUCGGCACCUUUGACAGGGCCGAGGAAGCCGCCCUCGCCUACGACUCGGCUGCACGGCUCCUCCGAGGCAGGAAUGCCAGGACCAACUUCCCAUGCCGCGAACAAGUCACAGUCAACUCCAUCCGCCUCCAGGCAAACCCGAUGUUCCAUCGGCUCCUCAGCCAUGCAAACACAAAGCAACUCCUCAGAUCAUCGCUGGAUAACUCAUGGAGGAACGGAGGGAAGUACGACGACAUCCACUUGAUGAACUUUGAUGCGGUAGUCGAGGAGACGAUAGUCUGUACGUCCGAAGACGGGAUCGGAUGUUUGGGUUGUACGGAGGAACAUGAUGGGAGUAGUACUAACAAGAUUUGUGGGGUGUCGGUUGGUAGUUCUAAGGUUUAUUCUUCAGUUGUCGUUGCUCCUUCUUUCAGUAGGGCUUCCUAGACAAAAUCAAGCUAGCUUCUAUAAUUUCACGUUGUACAUAAUCCACUUUAAUCUGUCUCCUUUUGUUGGAAAAAAAAAUCUGUCUACUGUUUUUCCAACUUUUUCCUCUCUUUUUCCCCUUGUUUUUCAAAUUUGAUGUUUAAUUAGGAAUUUUAGCUAAUAAAAGUUUUUUUGGGUUAAUUAUUAUAGUAAAAGUUAUAAUUUUGGUGCUU